AUGAAGGACCUGGACAACAGCUUUAAUGAAGUCACUAGCACGCACAGCUUGCAGGCUCAGGGUCGAGGAGCCUUUGGACACCAGUCGAUUUCCUUUGGCUGUGAAACAAGCACCACAACCAUGAAGACAACGGACGACAUGGAAGCUACUAGCACGCACAGCUUGAACGAAGCCACGCACAGCUUGCAGGCGCCACCACCCAGUGGUCGGAGGAUGCGACGCCAGUCAAUCUCCUUGGGCUACGAGACUGCCUUGAAACCACCGGCAGCUACCCGAGCAAGUACUGUCAAGAAAACUGCCGAUGAUGACACGGACGCCGUGAGCUUUAGUCGCAUUGCCGAACUCAAGGCCAAGUUACAACAGUCCAUCAACGAUUCGAGUCUUCACUUGACCAGUAAAAAGAGUUGGCAUGGCAAGGAUUGGCAAGAAGGUGACGAUGAUGAUGAUGACGAUGAUGAUGACGACAUGAGUGACAGCUUUACGGGCGUACAGAGAGAACUCAACAGCGAAGCCCUAAAGAAAUCGUUUCAUCGCAGUUCCGGCUUUUGGAAAGACGAAUUGGGAGUGACACAAGAAAUCAAGGAAAAGAACGAGUCUCUGACCGCUACGGGUAAAAAUGGAGUCUCCAAGAGACGGUUGGCGUCGCUCAAGGGAAUGUUGCAAACGGGUGUCCUGGACACUCUCGAUGAAAAUCAUCGUGCCAAGAGUCUGACGGAUCGAUUGAAAUCGGCCGUCAAUACUGCAAAUGCAACAGCACCCGAUGAUGCUCAAGGUACCAGUUUGCUCAGCAUCAUGGUCAAGGCGUCCACUCAAACGGUGCGAAAGCGACAACAGGAAACGGGACGACUCUUUCAGACCAACAACAAGUUGCUCCAACGACAAUACGACCGUGCGGCUCUCAAACUGCAGACAUUCUUCAAACACGUCUUACACCAUACACGGAGUUACCAAGUGGAACGAAAAUAUCUCAAGGCCAGUCUCAAGGAUGCCAAACGACGAAGGCGGGAAGAAUUGAAGGAUAUUCAAACUUUUGUGGAAAUGGAAAAGGAACAGUUUCGUCUCGAGUUACUGGCAGAAGAUGACGAGCAAGACGACAAUCCCGAAUGGCAACAACGACAGGCCACCAUGAAGGCACUCCGAAAGGAGAUUCACUCUAUCAAAACGGACAAUAUUCAACUGCGCAUUGAUUCCGUGGCAUUGGAACAAGAAACGGAACGAAUUCGAAUCGAAUCCCAAAAUCCCGAUCGGAUCCGCCUACUCAAGCAAAUCCAACAUCUCGAAAAAGACCAAACCGAUUGGACACAACUCUCGGAACAUUACCAAACCAAACUCCAAUCCACGCAAGACAAAGUCGAUGCCGUCACCAAUCAUUUUUUUGCCCAAAAACAACAACGCAAGAGGGUCGUCAAACGCAUCAAACAAGUGGUGGCACGCAUCAAUGAAGAACCUCUCGUGGCGUUGGUACAGAAACACAAGACCAGUCGCGACAAGAAAUACGACAAAAUCAAAGCGGCGCGAUCCAAUGGAGAAUUUCCCGUUCCGACCCAAGACGACUUGGAACGGAUUUUGGAACUCACACCGAAACCCUUUUUUGAUGAAAUUCGAAGAUUGUGGCAGGAAUACCAACAACGCGUUCAAGAUCAUCCCGAGGAAUAUUAUGGUAUUAUUGUGGAGAAAGGGCUCGACAAUCCACAAGCGCCACCCGAACAACAAGAGUCAGCCGCAACUGAGGAGUCGUCCAAGGAAGAAUCACCAGCAACUCCGAUCGAUGAAGUGGAGGAGCCAGUGACCAAGGAAGAACCAGUAACAACGGAAGAGCCACCAGUCAAGGACGAACCAGCGACAACCGAAGAGCGACAAGCCACGGAAGAACCAACGACAACCCCUGCGCCAUGGCAACCACAAAAUAUCGCUCCCAAACAACAACCUGCCAAGCAGGCAAAGAACGGCUUUGAGGAGGUCUACACCGUUGGCGAAAAACUGGGGGAAGGAGAAUUCGGAGCAGUUUACAAGUGCCACCACAAGGAGACUGGAAAUGAGCGAGCCGUCAAGAUUCUCGACAAAACAUACAUGGACGAAUGGGAGUACGAACAAGUCAUCAAGGAGUUUGACAUGCUCACCAAACUCGACAAUCCAAACUGUAUACAGGUAUACGAGAUGAUGACAUCGGACGACAAGUUUUACAUUGUCCAAGAGCUGGCAAAGGGCGGUGAACUGUUUGAUGAACUCAUCAAUCGGGGCAAACUGCCAGAAAAGGAUGUGGCUGCAUUGAUGAGGAGUGUCCUGUCGUGUGUCCAGCAUCUGGCCAAGAACAACAUUGUCCACCGCGACCUCAAUUUAGAAAAUAUCCUGUUGAACGAUUCCCAGGGGAAUUACGAAAACGUCAAGGUGAUCGACUUUGGGCUUGCGGCAAAGUGUGAAGAAGGCGAGAGACUCUACGAGAUGGUGGGCAAGGCGCGAUACGUAUCACCAGAGGUUCUGGGAGAUACGGGUUACGGCCUCAAGUAUGAUGUCUGGAGCUGUGGUGUAGCAGCGUACACUCUUCUCUCAGGAGGUCACCCCUGGGAUGCCGAGUACGACCAAGAUGUGUAUCCACUGAUUGUGGAGGGAUACUUUGAUUUCAAAGACCAAGCUUGGGAAGGCGUGUCGGAUCAGGCCAAAGAUUUUGUGUCCAAGCUCCUGGCGUACAAGGAAGAGGAUAGGCCCACGGCAGAACAAGCGCUGGGGCAUCCUUGGUUUACGAACAAUGACAAUGGACUAACAUUCUCAGAGGCUCCUCCAGCUCCUCAGGUUGUCUUCACAGCUUCCAGUACCGCUGCCGUCACGGAAAUCGCUGCCGUUGCCGAAGUCGAGCGUGUCGAGGAGAUUGAACGAGCAGCCAAAGAACUCGCCGACAGCACCCACAGCACGAGCGGGAAAAAGAAGAAAAAGCAGAAGCGAAGGAGCAAGCAAGCUCUGGAAGAUGAAAUGGACGUAUCGUUGCAAUACCAGCCGCCAAAGCCGUUGGAAUUGUCAGCCUUUUCGCAGUCCACUAUCGGCAGCAUGGCAAAAAGUGCCAGCAACAACAACGUUCAGGGAAGCGCACUCAGCAAGAAAAAGAAAAAAUCAAAGAAGAAGAAAGAUAAAGACGAAGAGGAGCAGAUUGCCGCACUGCUACGAAACCGAAAGAGCAAGGUUGAAAGUGAUGAUACAUUCUCCAAGAUGCUCUUUUCGGGAGUCAACCAUGGGUCUAAAAAGACGGCCUUGGCCAAGGGGGCUAAAUCCAAAGCGAAGGGUGCGGCGUUGUUGAAGGGUGCCGUGUCGGAUGUGCUGGGCAGACAACGGCGCAUGGGCGCAGUAAAGACCUUGAUGAUGGCUGCGAAUAACGAGGAUUCUUCCGAUGAAGAUGAAGAGGAGGAAGUCGAGGUGCCCAAGAAAGCGCCAACGGAGAAGAAGAAAUCGAAGGGAGCAGCAGCUUUGAAACUGAAGGGGGCCGUAAAGAAUGUGCUAGGGAGGCAACGUAAGGCCUCGGCCAUCAUGUCGCUCAUAUCAGGCAUUAGCGACGACGAAGACGCCAGUGACGACGAAGAGACUGCCGAUGAAAAGAAAAUCGAGCCUGCAACAGCACCCAAGAUGAAAACGAAGCGAGCCAGCACAGGGACUGAUGCGGUAACUCCAAAAAGCAAAGCGAAGCGGUCCAGCGCAGGGAAAGUUGCACAGGAGCAACGGUCUUCAGCUCUUUUUUCGCUCAUCACGGGCCUUGCGGGAGACGAGGAUUCGGACGAAGAGGCGCCAAAAACUUAA